AUGUUCCUGCUCCAUUCUCUUCUCGCCGUCUGCUUUGUUCUUCUGAUCCCCAAUGGAUCGAAUCAAGUGGAAGUGAGACUUCUCGCUCAUCACUGUUUUGUAACUUUUCAAUUAUAGGUUCAUGUGUGCGACACCACCAACUCAAACAACUCGUAAGUGACUUGCCACGUCAUCAUUACACCAACUCGCCCUUUCACAGGUUCAUCUACUGCAACGGGCCGAUAUUGGACGCUGUAAACUAUCAUGCAUUGUACAAUGAUUCGAAAGAGUUUGUCGAUAUGCCGUUAAAGGCCGAACCACGUAAGGAGUCCUUGCGGUGCCACGUCAUUAUGUUUUCAUUUUCCAGUUGAUGUUUACAACGCGUGGCUCGCAAAGUUCGGAAAUUCUUCAGCCGCCAGUCUCAACAAAACAGACGUGCAAUCGUUCGUAGAUCAGUACUUUAGGUAUACGGUAUUCCCUUUGUCACAUGGAAAACAGUGUGUGUUCCAGUGCGGCCGGCACGGAACUGAUCACGUGUACUCCGGACGAUUGGCAGGAGAAACCGCCGAAGCUGGCGAGCAUUGCGGACCCGCAGCUGAGAGAAUGGGCGUAUAAACUGAACGGAAUCUGGAAACAGUUGUGCAGACAGAUCGACCCGACGAUCGGACAGCACUCCUCCAGAUACUCCCUUCUUUACGUCCCCCAUCCUUUCAUAGUCCCUGGAGGAAGAUUCAGAGAGUUUUACUACUGGGAUGCUUACUGGAUUAUCAAAGUAACUUUAACUUAGACCUAAAAUUAACCUUACCAAUUGACUCAUUCAUUUAGGGUUUGAUUGCAUGUGAAAUGUACAAUACCACGAGAAGCAUGAUCAGAAACCUGGCCACGAUGGUCGAGCAACACGGAUUCGUGCCGAACGGAGGACGCGUUUAUUAUCUGCAGAGGAGCCAGCCGCCCCUUCUCUCCGCAAUGGUCUAUGAACUUUAUGAAGCAACCAAUGAUAAGACAUUCAUUGCGGAGCUCCUGCCGACUCUUUUGAAAGAGCUCAGCUUCUGGAAUCAACAAAGAAUGGUGAAUGUGACGAUGAACGGGAAGGACUACCAAGUGUAUCAGUACAAGACGCAGAGCAACGUGCCGAGGCCGGAAUCAUAUCGGGUCGACACACAAAACUCGGCCAAGUUGGCCAACGGGGCCAGUACCCAACAGUUUUACCAGGUUUUGCCGGAUUAUUUAGAAAUUCGGAUUAACUUUUAUUGUUUUUUUUUCAGGAUCUUGCCAGUGCGGCCGAAUCGGGAUGGGACUUUUCCACUAGAUGGUUUUCUGAUUAUAAGAAUCUCACGACAAUCGAAACAACCAAGGUGCUUCCGGUUGAUUUGAACGGUCUUCUCUGCUGGAACAUGGAUAUAAUGGAGUACCUUUACGAACAAAUCGGCGACACGAACAGCUCGCAGAUCUUCCGCAACCGAAGGGCCGAAUUCCGGGACACCGUGCAGAAUGUGUUCUACAAUAGAACAGACGGCACGUGGUACGACUACAAUUUGCGUACCCAAUCCCACAAUCCGAGGUUCUAUACGAGCACUGCCGUUCCGCUUUUCACCAACUGCUAUAACACUUUGAAUACUGGAAAAUCACAAAAAGUGUUCGAUUAUAUGGAUGUAAUUGAAACUUUACAAUUUUAUUUAUUCCAUCUAUGUUCAGAAAAUGGGAGUGUUCAACUAUCCGGGCGGAAUUCCGUCGUCGAUGUCGCAAGAGAGCGACCAGCAAUGGGACUUUCCGAACGGAUGGAGUCCCAACAAUCACAUGAUCAUUGAGGGGCUCAGAAAGUCGGCGAAUCCCGAGAUGCAGGACAAGGUAAUUGGAGGUUCCCAGGGUCAGAAGAGCACUUGAAAUGAGUAGCCAUCGAGCAAAAGGGUUACUUGUUUCUUUGGCAAACAGUUCUCUCAGGUACACAAAAAGUUCUGUUUUUUUGCUGUUGUUUGCUUGUUGAUCUGUGGUUUGUUUGAAAAUAUCAUCCGAUCCCCAAACCUAAACAUUUUCCCUCAAAGGAUCCUUCUGUAGUCGUCUCAACAUCACCCACUUGUACUAUGAGCACACAAUUAUAUGCAUUGUAACUGUAAGAGCUCACCAACUGCUGACCCGCACUAGAGUGUGAAAACCAAUCUGUUUCUUCGGUUUGCCGUCUUCCCUUCUCACCUCGUUACAACCGGAAGAGCACACGCGGCGAAGGGAAGGCGGCAGACAGAAAGAGUCCGAACGAGGAGAUAAUCGAUGACACCUUCUGUUCGGAUCCAUCUGACGCAUAUUCUGUUUUCAGGGAUUCCUCAUCGCCUCCAAAUGGGUGCUCGGCAACUUCCGAGUGUUCUACGAGACUGGUCACAUGUGGGAGAAGGUGAGCGAAAUCCCUUUCGUGUGAAACUCGUCAUGUAUUCACUCCUUUUCGCGCGGGAAAACGGGACCAUCAUAAUCAUAAUCAUCACUAUACAUCCUUCUCUUCUUUUCUAUUUUCCCACUCCAAAUCAUAUGUAAAUAUGAUUUUAAGAGGGUCCGCCGCUCCACAUAAGCUCUUCACAUGCAUCUUCCGCCCGCGGAUUCGCUAUUCUUGCGGUUAUUAUGCAGAUUGUGUUAAAUCGCGUGCCCUGGAGCGGAGGACUUAGUAGGCCCCGUAUCUACUACGGUAGACGCCGCUGAGCCACUGGGAGCGGGCCAAGCAUCGUCCACGGGCCAGCAAUUGUCGACAAAGUAGGUGGUAACAGGUGUACAAAGGAAAAACAUGACCGUAAGGACCCAUUAUGUCGCGUGUUGACUUGUGGUUACCUCACUCUCGUCACUAAUCCGCCAUGGCCUCAAUCCUGAUAGUGGCCAACCGUUAAUGGUAGUUGCUGCUGCUGCAGCGUGUAGAUGUUUAUCUUGGCGCUUAGCGAGAUGAUAUAACUGCGGACAGGUGACGACGAAUCCCUUCUCCGGGGAACACCCGCAAUCGGUCAGUCAGACUUUUUCGGGCGGGAGAAAGAGAGGAUGAGAAAGACGGUGUUUUGGCAGCGACAAGGGUGAAGUAUACACUUGACUAAAGCGUUUCUUUUCCGUCUGCCUACAGUACCACAAUGGGUCUCGAUGCGCGAAAGGCAAGAAUGGCAUUGGUUUGAUUGGCACCACUUAUCGGUGAUCAUGACCUUCUCAGUCUUGUUCAUCAUCAUCGUUUUGUGAUUUCACUCUCCUAUGAUCUUUGGGAUGUUUGGGGGAAAGUAGGAGGAAAGUGUUAAGAAGCGUUGAGACAGGUGUUCUGGUCUCGAUUACACCAAGUCAGACUUGCAGUACAAACACAGUUAGCAAAACACUGUGAAACACUUCACACCUCGAGGACAAUAGACAGUCGCUCCACUCGCGAAUGGGUGUGAUUCACACUUUGGCAUGCGUCUUCACCGUUUUGAAAUCGUAAACACACGUGGCAGGACAUGAACAAACUGAUAGGAUCGGGCUCAGAUGGGGUGCAAACAUGUGACCCAUCCUCUUCUACCGUAGUCCUCUGUGUCAAUUAUUGAAGCACUUAUCGCGCGUGUGUCUAUUGGAGCCCCCGUCUGUCACCAACUCUUGAGAGUCCUGUGCCCAUCUAAAUUCUAGUGUCGCACAAAAGAAGCGCGAGUUGUUAGGAGUACAAAUUAGCAUAAAUCUGUGCUGACAGCUUGCUUGCAAAUGGAAUCAUUGCAAUUAUGUCUUUCAGUACAACGUCAUCGGAAGCUAUCCAAUGCCCGGAUCUGGAGGAGAGUAUGAUGUGCAGGUUGGGUGGAGGGUGAAUUCCAUUUAGAUGGUUUACUUUCAGGAUGGAUUCGGAUGGACGAACGGCGCGAUUCUGGACCUUCUCCUGACCUACAACGACAGACUCUUCGUGCCUGAGAACUUUAUCAACGCGACGAGCACGACGGCUUCUUCUUCCGGCCUGGAAACUACGACUCGUUCUGCUCCCGGCCUUUUCUCCGCUUCAUGGGUCUUCUUGUUCACUAUCUUAAUUUAUCACCUCACCCAACCAUCCUCAUCAUAA